UUAAAAUUAUUUCUCUUCUCUGACAAGACAACCUAAGUAUCUACCAAUCCCUCAAUUUGGCGAUGUCAAGUUCUCAUUGUUUUCAGAACCCACCUAAGUUGAACUCAGGUAUCCAUGUAGCAGGAACUGUCCAACAACUUGGAGGACUUAGUUCUUAUGUAACAGGAUCUCCUGAUUCCAAGUUGGCACUCAUCCUUGUUUCUGAUGUGUUUGGGUAUGAAGCACCAAAUCUAAGGAAACUAGCUGACAAAGCAGCAGCAUCUGGAUUCUUGGUUAUUGUCCCUGAUCUUCUGUAUGGUGACUAUGCUGACUUAUUUAAUCCUCAGUUCGAUCGAGAUUCUUGGCGAAAGGCUCACGAAAAGGACAAGGCAUGUGAAGACACCCAACCCCUAAUUGCUGAUCUAAAGAGUAAAGGUGUUAAAUCCAUAGGAGCUGCUGGUUUUUGCUGGGGAGGGGGUGUGGUAAUGAAAUUGGCAAUUUCCAGUGACAUUCAGGCUGCAGUUAUUCUUCAUCCCGGUCCAAUCUCAGAUGAUGAAAUUAACGAGGUGAAGAUUCCUAUUGCUAUACUGGGAGCCGAAAUUGACCAUCUUUUCCCAGCAGAAAGGUUGAAGCAAGUUGAAGAAAAACUGUCUUCAAAAUCUGAGUUAGAGAGCUUUGUGAAACUAUUCCCUGGCGUUACGCAUGGAUGGACUGUGCGGUACAAUGAUGAUGAUGAAGCUACUGUGAAGAGUGCAAAAGAGGCGCAUCAAGACAUGUUGAACUGGUUUAUCAAACAUGUGAAGUGAAGGUUAGAAUAUGCACGUCCUUUAUAUAUUGAAAUAGGAUGUGAAAGAUUAUCUGAUUUGGUUGAAGAAAGACUAAAAUUGUGCCACAAUAAAUCACAUUUUGUGAUCCUGACUCUUGUAAAAAUUCAUUUAUUGCAAAAUUGAUAC